AGAUUAGUAAUAAAGUCACAAGGGAGGAAACUCGAACCCAGACUAGCAGUGGGGGAUGGACAAGUACAUGGUUCCUGAGAAACCUGUAUCUGAAAACCCUAACCCUAAGCCCAAUCCAAGGCUGCGAUGGAGGCGGAGCACCAUCGAAUUGGACGGGAAAUUCGAUUCGAAGUACCGCCACGAUCUCUCUUCUUUGCUUAUGCAGUCGUAUUCUGAGAUAGGGGCAUUUCCUCAUCUCUAUCACAUUGAUGGAAAUCCUUGUCCAACACAUAUGAUUCGGAUGAAUAAUGCUUUCAAUGCCGGUCGCCAAGCUCCCUUUCAAAUGCAAGGAAUAUCUGCAGUUGACUUUGACAACAAGGGAAUAUACUUGGUGUCUGUUACAAAAUCAGGAUGUUUGACAGUGCAUGACUUUGAGACGCUAUAUUGCCUGAGUAAUGAAUCCUUGUUAUGCUCAAAGGAAGAUGAAACUAAGCAUUUGUUGCACCUAUCUUUGCAAAGGCAACUUGAUGUUGUUCGGUGGAAUCUAGCUAACCAAGACGAGGUUGGUUGCAUAUCAUUGAAAAGUGAUGAAGCACUUAUCUUUGAUAUUGGUUAUAUCUCUUCUAAACCAGUGCAAGUGCUAAGAACAAGACGGCCUCUUUCUGUUUUGGGUUCUGAAAUCUGUAAAGGUCUAUGUGAUAUUACUUUUACAACUGAUGUUUCCAGGUUAGUUGCUUCUGAUACACAUGGUGUAGUCAAUAUUUGGGAUAGAAGAAUGGGCAUUCUUCCUUGCCUUGAGCUGACAACUGGUUCUCAUGGCAACCUCAACAGCAUCCGAUCAAACGUGGAAAAUCAGACCAUUUUAGGAGCUGGUAAAGAUGGUAUUAUUUAUAUGUGGGAUCUUCGAGGGGGAAGAACAGCUGCUGCUUUUCAAUGUCAUAAGGAGGUACUUCAUCCACCUCUAGCUUCUUUGACAUUGGCAUCAAUGCUGGCAAAAAUAGGAUCUUUAAAGAGUAGCACAUUGGUUUUAGUUCCUUCUCAAAAGUUGUUUAUAUACAUGAGGCCCAGUCAGAUAUCGUCACAAAGGAAAUACAUUCCAUUGAUCUCGAUCCAUCUUGCCCAUAUCAGCUGGCAUUUCAUCUUGAUGAUGGUUGGUCAGGUGUUCUGGAUAUUUGUAACUUAAGAGUUACACAUGUUCAUUGUCCUCCUCCAGCUUGGUUGAAUGGAUACAGUAUUUCAGCUGAUCUCCUAUACUUGAGAAAACCAUCAUGGCUACCAACAUCUUCUGUAAGAUUUUCCCAUCACUGCUCCGUUGUUUCAGUUGGUUGCAUCGUGUCAUAUCAUUUGGCUAGUAAAUUUC